AUGGGCCAUGACAAAGCUACUGUGUCCCGGGUGUUAACUAAAUUUACUGAUGCAUUAAUUGCAAAGAGGGACCAGUUCAUCAAAUGGCCAUGUACGCCGGAUAAGUUGAGUGAAGCUAAAAAUGGUUUCUUUGAAAAAGCAGGCUUCCCCAAUGGUAUUGGCUGUGUAGUUGGAACACAUGUACGAAUUCAAGCCCCCGCAGAUGAUGAACCAAGCUUUGUUAAUCGGAAAGGCUUUCACAGUGUGAAUGUGCAAGGGAUUUGUGACCAUAAUUUUGGAAUUCAUCUGCAGAAUCAGUAUACCAGUAUCGAGCAAGGUGCUGUAUUAGGAGACAGUGGUUACCCAUGUCGUCCAUUUCUGCUAACACCAUUUAGGCAACCAAUAGAACAGAAAGAACAAAACUUUAAUAAAGCUCAUAUAUCAACAAGAUGCACAAUUGAGAGAACAUUUGGAAUUUGGAAACAAAAAUUUCGACUUCUAAAAACUGGUAUUAGAAUGAGACCAGACCGAGCAUGUAAAUUUAUUGUAGCGUGUGCGAUUCUACACAAUAUAGCCAUUAUGCUGAAAGAACCGAUUAUAGCUAAUAAUGAUAUUCCAGAGGAACAACCAAUGAUUCAAUAA